AAACUUGAUGUCGCACUUGAAGCUGAAUCAGAUGCCGAGUUCUUGAGUCAGGUUUCCAUGGUGUCUAGACUCAAGCAUGAGAAUCUCAUUCAACUGCUUGGUUUUUGUGUUGAUGGAAACCUCCGAGUCCUGGCAUGUGAGUUUGCAACAAUGGGGUCCUUGCACGACAUCUUACAUGAAGAGGCGUUAUCUUUGAGGUCUCCGUUCAUCACCACGGCGAGUCACCAACCACCAUGUCUCAACGUGCCCAGUUGUGACAGACAUUGGAGAUCUAUGCCGUCAUCAUUCCAGCAAUCCCAAGCCACCGCCGUAGAUCUGGUCUGCUCAUCUCGCCGGUGUGGUUGCAGCCGCAACGCCGCCAUCACCACUCGUCUUCCUAGUGAUCUCGUUCCAUGCUCACCGUAA